AGCGGGAGUCGCGAUGAAUGAAUGCGAGCCGACGCACAGGGCUCGCAUGUGUAUGGGUGAGCGGAGUGAGUUGGCGUCGGGGGUUGAGAUCUGACCUGGAAGAGGAGAGGGGGACGGUGGCGCUGACGGAGAUGACGCCCGCCGUCGUCAGCCACAGAGGAGGAGUGGAGAACCAGCGCCUUCAGCGGCAGAUGGGGUGCAUGGCGGGGCUCCUCCAUCUCUUUGACCGCGGCUUCAUUGGCCGGAGGCGUAGUUUCUCCGUCCGCAGCCUUCCCGUAGCCUCGACGGCUGGGUCGGCUUCGCCGUCAGCCAAGUCGGAGGCUUCGUCGGCAUUGUCGGUCUUCAAGGAGAGCCAUCUUCCACCUCCUUCGCCGUCGAUUGCUCGCCCUUCCUCCGAAAUGGGCGGCGUCUCGGGGGAGACUCCUGCGCGGCGGUCUCUUCCCCUGCCGCUCCAGGCCUUCGAGAGCGCUGACGAAGGGAAGACCUCAUGGAGGACGAUCCGCGACUCUCCGAGGCUCUCUCUCGAUAGCCGCGCGGUGGUUGAUUCCAAGGGUAAGAUCCGUCCGCGAGAGAUCCGUACGGCUGUGUCGGUCAGCACCGGGAGCCCAACGGACGCCUCCGAAGCGGGAGAGGAACAGAGGCGGUCCCCAAGCGUCGUCGCGAGGCUAAUGGGGCUCGACGGCCUUUCGAGCGAUGACCGGGAAGGUGGAUCUGCUCCUGAUCGGGUCGAGCUCCGGCGAUCCGCCUCUGAGGCACGCGCUCGGAAAGACCCGUCGUGCCACGGCGUUGACUCCGGCUCUCCGGCGACGGCGGAAUCUGAGCCAAUAUCUGCGGAGGAAUUCUUUAAGUCGAUCAGCGUUUCUAAAUUCAAGCUCACUAACUUGACGAUGGCAAAGCCACAACUCCAGAGGAAGAUCUUCGACGUCCAGGACUUCUUCCCCGAGCCGAAACAGUCUUGGGCACUUCACGGCGAGAUCGAGAAGUGGCUCCGGAUGCGAGGAUUCAACGAUUCGACGAAGGGCACGGAAACCGUAAAGCAGAUUUUGGAGGCGCUUCAGCUCAAGGGGCUCCUCCACCGCAACCCUUCUCACUUGGUCAAUGACCGCCGCAAUCCUUUUGCCUACCAACGCAGUAGCGAUGUUGUUCAAACUCCAAUCGUGAUCAUGAAUCCAGCAACCAAACCGCCUCGGCUUCCGCCCAGAAGUGGCGCCAGUCGCCAGAGCCCUCCUCCUAUCCGCCGCCAGCCCACGCCGGUCGAUCGCCCGACCAGUGGAAGGAAUGAGCAAAGGAAUCGAGGACUGCGAUCGCCUGAGAGCCUAAGCUCGCCGGUAAAGCGGCUUCCGGAUAAUGCGGCAGUUCAGAAGAGUUCGCUGCGGCCACAAACAAUCUCUCCGGUGUCUUCCCCCAAACGCAGCCCAAAGCGAUCGGGGUCCGAUCCGCUUCGAUCGCCGGGGACUCAACGACCAACAGCUGAUCCAUCCCCAGUAGGGAAGAACUAUUCACCCGCGGAGGACGAUACCUUCGCCACAUUUUCCGAGAGCAGUGGCAGUGCGUCCUCCCAGUUAGACUUCGAGAGAUCGCUGGCGGAGGAGUACAGAUCGGGGCGUACUGUUUUGCAGCGAUGCAACAAGCUGGUCGACAGCAUUGCGGAGUUCACCGGGGUGGAGAAGGUUUCUGUGGUGGACCGGCAGCCGAGCCCCGUCUCCGUUCUUGACUCCCUCUCAUUCCUUGGCUCGCCUUCUCCCUCGCCGCUCAGCAAGCGAUGCAUCGAUUUCAAAGAUCGGCAAACGGACGAGUGGGAGGAGUCGCAAUGGUCCUCAACCGAAUCGACCAACGACGGAGACGUGGACAUCUGGCCGGAGGAUGUGGACCACGACUACGCCUACGUGUGCGAGGUCGUCCGCGCCUGCCACCGCUACAAGGAGUCGUGCGGCGCCGUGUACGCGAUGCUGGAGAAGCGCCACGCCGGCAACUCGUGCAAGGCGGACCGCCUCCACCGCCGCCUCGUCUUCGAUACCGUGGCCGAGAUCCUCGACAGAAAGCGCCGGGUCUCCUCUCGGGAAGCCUUCUCCCGCACCGCUCCCUCUUCGCCGGCGUGUCUCGCCGGGGGCGACGAGUUGCUUCUGCGACAGGUCUGGACGGAGUUGCAGCGCAUACGCGAACAGCUGGCAGCUGAGGAGGAGGAGAGCAACGUGGAGGACACCGCCGUGGUCAGCGCGGUCCGGAAGGACAUCAACGCAGGGCUGACCGACGGUUGGACCAGGCCGGGCGCCGAAAUGUCCGACGCCAUCCUCCACAUCGAGCGCCUUAUCUUCAAGGAACUCGUCUCGGAGACAAUCCACGAUCUCGCCGCUGCCACCUCCCGCCGCCGCCGCCUCCCCCGCCGCAAGCUCGACCUGUAAAUCCCAAUUCGCCUUUGUUCACCUCCGAAACGCAGCGCUUGGAUCCAUUUUGAACGGACGCGAUGUAACAAGGUUGUAACCAUCACAUAAGUAACAAGCCAACUCGUGGGCCACGCUGGUUAGAGCAUGGGCCUGUUGUCAA